AGGCUGUCACUGGGUGUUGCGCUUGAGGCGGGCUCGCAACGUGCUGUGGUGGUGACAGGAGUCCGCGGGGGUCUCUGCUGCUUCGUCGGGACGCUGCGGCUCCCUGCCUCCCCUCGACGACCUCUGCUCUGUCUGGAGCAGCGCCCCCCGCCAUCCCAGUGUGGCCACUUGGCCCCCACCGACUCCUCCCUCCCCGGUCGUGACAGGCGCUUCCCACUCCUCCUCCCUUGCCUUCUUUCGCUGCCUCUGGCCCUGGUUCGACGACACGGCUCGGCUUCGGUCUCUGCUGUUGGGCUGCGCAAGCCGACCCCACUACCGUCAUGCCGGCUUGGGUGCCCUGCGGCGGACGGCGCCGUUGACAGCCCCUCGCCCCUUUUCGCGGCUGUGGGGAAGCGCGCCCACCCCUGGCCCUCGCCCGCCAGCGCCAGCCUGAGUGUCGAGAUACCGACGAUUCCUCUGGUGACGUGCCCCACUGGGGUGUGUGUGUGUGUGUGUGUGUGUGUUGUGUGAACAUGCCUUGGCAUCUGUGCCGCUGCCGCCGCUCUUCAUCUCCUGCUGCUGCUGUUGCUGCCGCCCUUUUGGUGCCACCACAUCUGGUCGCUCCGUGCCGGUCAUGGGCGCUGCUGGGAGCUGAUUCUCCGCAGAGACUUCUGUGAGACCAGGAAGGGGUGAAAGAGGAUGAACCACGUGGGUAGCCCUGUGAAAGCUUAUGACUUCUUGCUGAAAUUCCUGCUGGUGGGGGACAGCGACGUGGGCAAAGGGGAGAUCCUAGCUAGCCUGGAGGAUGGAGCCACGGAGUCGCCCUAUGGGUACAAUAUGGGUAUUGAUUACAAGACGACAACAAUUCUUUUAGAUGGUCGCAGAAUAAAGCUGCAGCUCUGGGACACGUCUGGGCAAGGCAGAUUCUGCACCAUAUUUCGUUCCUAUUCCAGAGGUGCUCAGGGUGUGAUACUGGUAUAUGACAUAACAAAUCGCUGGUCAUUUGAUGGCAUUGAUAGAUGGAUAAAGGAAAUAGAUGAGCAUGCUCCUGGUGUACCCAAAAUCCUGGUUGGCAACCGCCUGCAUCUAGCCUUCAAACGGCAAGUGUCUACUGAGCAAGCACAAGCCUAUGCUGAAAAAUUAAGCAUGACCUUCUUUGAAGUAAGCCCACUCUGUAAUUUCAACAUCACAGAGUCAUUUACUGAACUCGCAAGGAUUGUGUUAAUGAGACAUGGAAUGGACCGGCUGUGGAGGCCAAACAAAGUCCUGAGCCUGCAAGAUCUUUGUUGCCGUGCCAUAGUUUCAUGCACCCCUGUGCACCUUGUUGACAAACUUCCACUCCCUGUUGCCUUAAGAAGCCAUCUGAAAUCAUUCUCUAUGGCCAAUGGUCUUAAUGCUAGGAUGAUGCAUGGUCGUUCCUACUCCCUCACUGCCAGCAACAACAACAAAAGGAACAGUAUGAAGAAAGCCAAAAUUAUCCGUCCACCCCAGAGCCCUCCAAAACACUGCACCAGAAACAGCUGUAAAAUCUCCUAAACCUGUUAUUGGAAAAAUGUUGCUGGAGCCUUUAACUCAAGGACUCUUGUUGAAUAAUUAGGUCUGUUGUAUGCAUCACAUGAACUGAAUAAAGGAAUUUUUAAAAUUGUUUGUUUUUUAAAAUGCUGCUUCCAGAUGUAUGUCGCACUCAGUGAAAACAAAGGAAUGCAAGACUUUGCUGUUGGGUUUUUUAUAUAUCAGUUUUUGAUGUGCAUGAAGACUGUGUGUUUUAUAAAGGGAAUAAUUUAUCACAAACCUGAGCUUUCAAUGACACUAAAUAUCAGAUGUGACUCAUUUUAAAUUGCUACAUUAUAUAUUGUUCAAUCACAAAAACUUUAUUUGCAAUUAGUGCAAUUAGAUAGGAAUGAGUGUCAGUCUGUGGAUUCAGGCAGAGUUUAACCACAAUGUAUUGUAUACAUUGUAAGAUAUACCAGUAGUGAAACAAUUCUAGUGAUGUUGCAGUAGAGCAUCUGAUUCUGGUUUUGUACAGUUUCCUCAGUGAUUUUGAAGCACUAUUUUGAGCUACCAAUGUGUAUAUGUAAUAUGCACAAUAUUUUGUCUCAUUCAUGUAUAAACAUUUGAUAAAGUUUUUGCUAUGUUGUUUACUACUUCUAGGGAUUAAUUUGUGGUUUAUAUGCUUAUUUUUCUGGUAAAUCUACAUUUUUGUAUCAGAUAUUCUUGUGAUAUAGUGAGAAAAAGCCAAAGACAUCAACUGUUUUUGCCACAGGGGUAAGAAGAAUGUGGUUUGAAAAGCUGCUUUAUCAGGAAAUGACAGUGUUAUUUAAAAAUAAAUUGCUUAAACCCUGCAAAACAUG